UGUUCUUUAUGUUUUCUGUUGAUUUUAUGAUAAACUGAUUCAAAGACUGAGUGUUGGCUGAGUGAGGCUGAAUUAUUGAUGAAGGUGAGUCUCUCUUUCUCUCAAACAGCGGCAGAGGAACGACAAGAACGAAAGAACAGAGAAGAAAGAAGGAGAAAAAGAACCAAAAAGACAAAGGACAAGAAGAUAAGGAAUAAAACAAAAGGAAGGAGAGAAAAUCCUGAAAAAUAAAGGACAAGUAGAGAGGAAAUAACAACGAGAAGAAAAAACCAACACGAGAAAGAAAGGGGAUAUAAAAGAGAAGAUAAGAAAAGCUACAGGAAAUGUGACCCAGAGGGUAAAAGAGAGAAAGAAGAGAAAGAAUAAAAAGAAGAGAAAUGUGAAGGAAAAACAAGAGAGAAGAUCCAGGUGUUAACUUCAUCCGACCAAUCAGGGAGCAGCAGAAAGAAGAUGUCUGAUGACAGGAAGAAAGAAGAGGAAGAGACAUGUCCGCCCCUCCCUCCCCCGCCCUCCUCCUCCGCCAUGGAGACGAUGAUGUCUCUGGGGAGGCGGGACCUAGUGUGCAUCGUGUGUUUCGGUAGUUAUGACCUGGCGACGCGGUUGCCCCGACGACUGCACUGCGGCCACGCCUUCUGCCAGGCGUGUCUGAAGAGGCUGGACACGGUCAUCAACGAACAGGUGUGGAUCCCGUGUCCUCAGUGUCGACAGAACACGCCGCGGCCCCGGGGAGGAGCAUCGGGUCUGGACCUUGAUUUGGCUUCAUUCCUGGGCAUAAAGGCCCAGCAGACCUGCACCUCCUCCUGCUCCUCGUCAUCCUGGAGCUCUGGCCUCAGGGAAGGGGGGCUGGCUGGAGCGGUGACCCAGGAUGGGAAACUGUGGCUGGGGAAGGAGGCCACAGAUGAUGGCUGGUCACAUGGAGGUCUGGCAGAACCACGAUUCCAUCGCUAUGGCAACUGUUGCCCACCUCUGUCCUAUUGGCAGUGCUGUUGGUUCUGCUGCCCGGGGCGGGGCUAACAGAGGGGUAGGGCUAAGACUGACCAAUGAAAAUGCUGCUUUAGUAAAUUUAUUCUUUACUAUAAGACCUGUAAAAACUUUAUUUAAAAAUAAAAAAA